CAGCAGCGGCUGUGCAAGCGGGAGCAGGCCGAAGACUCUAUUUCCCAGAGUGCCCCAGGAGGGCCUCGCCCCCUCCACCUGGGCAGCGUGGCUAGCAGCUGCUUCGCCGGAAGCCCCUUCCGGGACAGGUGGAGCCUGGCGCAGGUGCAGUCAAUAUGGGUGAGCCCCAGGGGUCCAUGAGGAUCCUAGUGACUGGGGGCUCCGGACUGGUGGGCAGAGCCAUCCAGAAGGUGGUUGCAGAUGGGGCCGGCCUGCCUGGAGAAGAAUGGGUGUUUGUCUCUUCCAAAGAUGCAGAUCUGACGGAUGUGGCGCAAACCCAAGCCCUGUUCCAGAAGGUGCAGCCCACCCAUGUCAUCCAUCUUGCUGCAAUGGUAGGCGGCCUGUUCCGGAAUAUCAAAUACAAUUUGGAUUUCUGGAGGAAGAAUGUGCACAUCAAUGACAAUGUCCUGCAGUCAGCCUUUGAGGUGGGUGCUCGCAAGGUGGUCUCCUGCCUGUCCACCUGUAUUUUCCCUGACAAGACCACCUAUCCUAUUGAUGAGACCAUGAUCCACAACGGGCCGCCCCACAGCAGCAAUUUUGGGUACUCAUAUGCCAAGAGGAUGAUUGACAUACAGAACAGGGCCUAUUUCCAGCAGCAUGGCUGUACUUUCACGGCUGUCAUCCCCACCAAUGUCUUUGGGCCUCAUGACAACUUCAACAUAGAGGAUGGCCAUGUGCUGCCUGGCCUCAUCCAUAAGGUGCACCUGGCCAAGAGCAGCGGUUCAGCCCUGACUGUGUGGGGUACAGGGAAACCACGGAGGCAGUUCAUCUACUCACUGGACCUGGCCCGGCUAUUCAUCUGGGUCCUUCGGGAGUACAAUGAGGUGGAGCCCAUCAUCCUCUCAGUGGGUGAGGAGGAUGAGGUGUCUAUCCAGGAGGCAGCUGAGGCUAUAGUGGAGGCCAUGGGCUUCUGUGGGGAAGUCACUUUUGAUACCACCAAGUCAGAUGGGCAGUUUAAGAAGACAGCCAGCAAUAGCAAGCUUCGGACCUACCUGCCUGACUUCCGCUUUACACCCUUCAAGCAAGCUGUGAAGGAGACCUGUACUUGGUUUGCAGAGAACUAUGAACAGGCCCGGAAGUGAAGCAUGUGACAAGCAGGCACAGUUGGCAGUGCCCAGUGGCCACCCUCAGACCUCGUGAACUAGGGUGGUGUCCAGUCUGGGCCAAAUGCUGGCCCCUCUGCCAGGGGGCUUCAUGCAGCUGUCUAGCAGAGCCCAUGUCUGUCGGUCCUCAUGGAAAGGCCGGUCCAAUCUCAGUGCAACCACUCUUAUCCUGCUGUCCCAUCUCUAGAAACCAAUAAAAUUCAUUUUCACAAACGUG